AGCACAAAUACUGGGAAACGAUUUAAAAAUUUUAAAAUGAAAGGAAGCUUAAACGGCGUUUAAACGUACGCCCGAAUGGCGGGAACCAACGGUUGAAGCUUCUUCUUCAAGCAAGACCUGCAAAAACCAUCAGAUUUUACCAAUGCAGUCCCUGAAAAUACCCAAAAUUCAAGAGAUCGAUGAAGUUCCACUUCUACAAAGAACCCACAAAAACCCUUACCCAAGUCGCCACUAAGCAGAUCCUCAAACUGAACCAAACGCUCGCCAACCUCACUCGCUCGCACCGUUACUCAGAGGCCCUCCAGCUUUUCACCCAAAUCCACUCCUCUCCGUCCGUAAGACCGGACCACUACACGCUCUCUUCGGCCGUCACCGCCUGCGCCAAUUGCCGCGACCUUGCUUUCGGAACCCAACUCCAUGCCCACGCCAUCCAGUCUGGCCUCAAAGCCUACCCUCACGUAGCCAACACCCUGCUCUCGCUCUAUGCGAAAGCCGAAGACUUGACUUCUGUGAAAUGGGUUUUCGACAUGAUUGAAAACCCAGAUGUUUAUUCGUGGACCACGCUGUUAUCGGCUUGUUCAAAAUUGGGGCAUGUGGAUUAUGCCUGUGAGGUGUUUGAUAAAAUGCCCCAAAAGGGUAGUGUAGCGAUUUGGAAUGCAAUGAUUACCGGGUGUGCAGAGAAUGGGUUUGAUGAGGUUGCUAUUGAUUUUUUUUGUGAAAUGCAUAGGAUGGGUGUUAUGCAUGAUAAUUAUGGUUUUGCUACUGUUUUGAGUUUGUGUGGUUUGGGGGUCUUAGGUUUUGGGAGGCAGGUGCAUUCUUUAGUGCUUAAAACCGGGUUUUUGGGUAGAAGUUCUGUUGUUAACGCUCUGAUAACUAUGUAUUUUAACUGCAGAAGUGUUUCAGAGGCAUUUUAUUUAUUUGAAGAAGCGGAAGGUGCAAUAUAUGAUCAGAUUACUUUUAAUGUGAUGAUAAAUGGUUUGGUGAGUGCCGAAAGAGAUAAAGAAGCUUUGGAAAUGUUCAAAUUGAUGCAAGAGGCAUGUCUUAGGCCUACCGAGCUGACUUUUGUAAGUGUCAUGACCUCAUGUUCAACUGCAAGAGUUGCCAACCAUGUACUUGCCCAAGCUGUUAAGUCGGGUUUCGAAACUUUUACUUCUGUGAGCAAUGCAGCAAUAACCAUGUAUUCUGGUUGUGGAGAUUUGCAUGCUGCUUACCAGGUUUUUCAGACAUUGGAGGAGAAGGAUCUCAUAUCAUGGAACACCAUGAUCUCGACUUAUGCUCAAGGGAAUGACAGUAAAUUAGCCAUCUUGGUCUACCAGCAAAUGCAGAGGGCAGGGGUCAAACCAGAUGAGUUUACUUUUGGAAGUUUGUUAGCAAGCUCGGAGUUGAUUGAGAUCUUGCAAAUGGUUCAAGCCCUUGCACACAAAAAUGGGCUUAUCCUUAAGAUCUACGUUUCAAAUGCAUUGGUAUCUGCAUAUGCUAAGCUGGGUCUGAUUGAUCUGGCCUAUCCAGUAUUCGAAGAUAUCGAGUCCAAAAAUUUGAUCUCCUGGAAUGCUAUUGUUUCCGGAUUCCUGUUGAAUGGAUUGGUAAAAGAAGGGCUAGAGCAAUUUUCUAAUCUACUAAUGUCAGAACACAGGCCAGAUGUGUGUACCUUGAGUAUUAUUUUGAGCAUUUGUUCAAGCACAUCAGCAUUGAAAGACGGAAAACAAGUUCAUGGCUACAUUCUCAAAUUUGGGUUUUCGCAUCAGAUGUGCUUAGGUAAUGCCCUCAUCACCAUGUAUGCUAAAUGCGGCGUUAUAGAUUGGUCCGUAAGAGUUUUCAAUGCAAUGACUCAAAAGGAUACAGUCUCUUGGAAUUCCCUGAUAGCUGCUUAUGCACAGCAUGGGCAAGGAAAUGAAGCUGUGCGCUGUUUUGAGGCAAUGCAAGACGCAUCUGCAGUCAAACCAGAUAAGGCCACCUUUACGGCAGUCCUUUCCGCUUGCAGCCAUGCUGGUCUAGUUGUUGAUGGUACCCGAAUUUUCAAUUCCAUGAUUCAUAAUUAUGGCUUUAUACCUGAAGUUGAUCACUUUUCAUGUAUAGUUGACCUUCUUGGUCGUGCUGGGUAUCUUGAUGAGGCGAGAAACUGAAUAAACAGCAAGCAAAUUGAAGCACAUCCAAACAUUUGGUGGACACUAAUCAGUUCUUGUGCAGCACAUGGAAAUUUAAGGCUAGGACGAACAGUUGCUGGGUUUCUCCUUGAAACUGAACAAAAUAAUCCGACAGUUUACGUGCUUCUGGCCAGUAUUUAUGCAGCUGCUGGUCAAUGGGAAGAAGCAGCUAAUGUGAGAGAAUUGAUGAACAGAACAAGGGUUCCGAAGAUUCCUGGAUUGAGUUGGAUUAAGUCAUAAAAACAUGCAGGGUCGACUGGAAACCAAACCAAGCCUCGUCGUGCCAUUCUAAAGUACUAAUCAUAGUGGAAGCCUUACAAGAUUCAUUUUAUUUGACACUCAGCACUGCCAUUGAUGAAGUUAAUGCUUCCGUGAUCAACGAAUGAAGACGUAGCAGUAAAAAGGUACUGACUGGUUUAUCUCGACUCUUGACAGCAACAAGUCUGAAGCAUGCCACUGCCUUGCCCUCCCCCAUCAUUUUCUGUAGCUUACUCGGCAGGAGGAGCUCUAUGAUAAGCUGGAAUAGUAGCUGGAAAGAACAUCUGUC